UGCAGACUAGUCUGUGUAGUCUUCCUUCCCUUUUCAGCCAGCUAGCUUCCAAGUUCCCCAACCAAAAAUCCCAACUGUUCUAACCCCCACCCGGGUAAAACCCAGAAACCCUUCACGCUGGGGUUUAGGGUUAAAACUAGCUUGAAUCUUGGAUUGAGUUACAGAGAUGGAGUUUGGGUAAAAAAAGAGAGAAGGGAUUUGUUACCAGAACCCAGUAGUAUACUGGACUUGGUGUCUUGUUGUUUAGAUAGAUAGAUAGUACAAAGAGAUGACAGAUACAAUGAUGAGAUCACAGAGAUCUUUAAUCCUCUUUCUGACCAAACACUGCCACCCUUACCACUGGCAUCAUCAACCUCUCCUAUAGGCCAACACAGUAUUUCCAUCUCUACCUCCAUUUUCCUAUUCUGCCCUCCUCUCUCUCUCUCUCUCUCUCUCUCUCUCUCUCUCUCUCAAAGAUUGAAGCUUUUUCCUACAGGGCUAGUUAGAUUUUGAAAAUUGGGAUUUGGGUUUCUGUUUCUCUGGGUUUGCCUGCUCGUACUUUGAACUAGGCAGCACAGUGAGAGAAGGAGAGAGAGUGAGAGAGGGUAAAACUAUGAAUCUCCCCAUAACAUAGUUCCUAAUUGGUGAAAGUAUCAGAGCUGAAGCCUAUGCAUCAUCAGAAAGUACCCCAAAACCUGUGUGAUGGGUUAGGCUGAUUUUCUUCUUGUAUCUAAAUAAGCUCUCUGUCAGCUUUGGCGUCUGGUUUUAGUAGGUUUUGUUUGUUUUGUGUGAUGGAACUGAAACUAUUGAAUGGCAGAGCCUUUUGCUAUCAGGUUUCAGAAAUCCCAGAGCACCAGCAGCAGAUAAUCAACUUUAGAAAAAGCACCAGGCAAAUUGAGAGCUGGGAGUGUAGAGAUUCACGAACCCAAUAAGCAAAAGUCGAGUCUUGCUAUAGCUAAAAGUAAGUCUGAUAGGUCUAGUACUACUACAACUGCUUCUUCUUCAGCUUCUGCUUCUGCUGCUGUUACUGUUCCAUUAAAAGCUGGAAGAGGAAACACACAGGUCCUUGACUCUGGAUCCUCAAGCGAGCCAUUACUGUUUCCAGUACCCUCAUUCUUCUACUUCAGCCAUCGAAUUUGGAGAACCCACAAUCGAAUAUGCAGGAAGAAAAAUGGGGGAGCAGCAGAGCCACAACAACAACAACCUCCACUACCACCACAACCACCGCGCCACCGCCUCGUCCUCCUCCGCUGCUGCUCGACAGGGUUUGGGGAUAAGAACCACCACCUCCUCCUCCACGGCCAGCGAGAUCGUGGAGACACGCGGCCACAUUCUAAAGGCCACCGGCCGGAAGGACCGCCACAGCAAGGUCUGCACCGCCAAAGGCCCCCGGGACCGCCGCGUCCGCCUCGCCGCUCACACCGCCAUUCAGUUCUACGACGUCCAGGACCGGCUGGGAUACGACCGCCCCAGCAAGGCCGUCGAUUGGCUCAUCAAAAAAGCCAAGGCCGCCAUCGACGAGCUGCCGCCGUGGCAUCCGACAUCUAUUUCCGUCAACACGACAACGUCUCCGAUUUUACCGCCUGCUUCCGCGGCGCAAGACACGCACAACAGCAGCAACAACAACGCUGGGGCCCUCCAUUUCUCGAUGGUGGGGGCCCCGAGCUCCUUGUCUGGUAGCCGGAGAGCCGCUGCCGCCUCAAUGGUGGGCAGUGGCGUGGCGGAGCUGGUGAAUCAGAACAGCUCGAACUUUCUGCCGCCGUCGAUGGACUCGGACUCGAUUGCUGACACUAUAAAGUCUUUCUUCCCAAUGGGCGCGGCGACGGCGGUGGAGACGCCGUCGUUUCACCCGAGCUAUCCGCCGGACUUGCUGUCCAGAACCAGCAGCCAGAGCCAAGAUCUCAGACUGUCUCUCCAUUCUUUCCAAGACCCAAUUCUCCUCCACCACCAAGCUCAUCAUCACCAUCACCAAAAUGAGCAAGCUUUUCUUACACCGAACCCUCUCGGGUUCGACAGCUCCGCCGCCACGUGGACAGAGCAGCACCAGCAGCAGCAGCAGGCGGAGCUCAACAGGUUUCAGAGAAUGGUGGCUUGGAGCAAUGCCGGUGGUGAUAGCAACAACAGCGGUGGUGGUGGCGGCGGUGGAGGUGGGUUUACGUUUAACUCGCUGCCGCUGAGUCAGUCACAGUCAACAGCGGUGACGCUGCAGCCGUUCUUGUUCGGCCAAAAUCAGUUCUUUUCUUCACAGAGGGGACCCCUUCAGUCCAGUAACACGCCUUCGGUUCAUGCCUGGAUCGACCACAAUGACAUUUCGGACCAUCAACAUCAGAUGGCCCCGUCAAUCAAUAACCAUCAUCAUCAUCAGUCGUCCAUUUCCGGUAUGGGAUUUGCCUCCGGCGUAUUCCCCGGCUUCCACAUUCCGGCACGAAUCCAGGGCGAGGAGGAGCACGAUGGCAUCUCAGACAAGCCGUCCUCUGCUUCCUCCAAUUCUCGCCAUUGAAAUCGAAACACUGAACUUCUCUCCCACCCGCCAAAGGCACAUUCUAUUCUUUCAGAGGAUGAAAUAGGAGAUAGUUGCUGAUGCGAAUUCAGAUAAAAGAUAGAGAGAAGAUUUUCCGGUCAUUUCGAUUUCAAUAGCGUAUGUAGACCUUGGGAGGAAGAAAUCUGUGUCGGUUUUCGGGUUUCUUUCUAAUCCCUCGGUUCGUUUAUCUUAGUUUCUGUUUCAUCACUUGAUUUUAUUAUGUUGUUGUGCCUAUGUUUCCUUGUUUUGAGUUGAGCUCUUAAAGCUUAUACUCUGCUUAGUUUUUGUUGGGUUUGUUUUGUGUUUCUGACUUAGCUUUGAGAGUUGAGACUAUUAUGCAGUUUGUUCUAUUAUGUUCAUUUCUAGAGUUGAAUGGAACUUUUGUGCAUU